AGAAGGUCGUAUGGCUCUUAACGCCAGUACAGGUUUCGGACUCUGGCUUGCGAGUCUAUAUAGUCACAGGCUGCACCUCAGACAUCGUGGACACACGUAAUCAGCUGGAAAUACGCACCUCUGCAAUCUACGCAUCGAAUAUACAGGGAGGCAAAUAAAUAACGUGGGUGCUUUUAUCUGUACUAAAAAUGGCCACCGGUAACAAGUACUUAGUGGUAACAAUCGUCGCCAUUGCGGUUGUUUCGAUAACAAUCUCAACCGCAACUGCACAACAAAACUAUAAUUAUAAUGCUGAAAAGCCAGGCUCGUGUCCGCCCGCACUUCCGGUGCAAAUAUGCAGCAGAGGCUGCUACGUAGACGCACACUGCCAAGGGAUAGGAAAAUGUUGCUCAACCACCUGCGGUGGCACGGUUUGCUCCAGGCCCGUUACGAUGCGAGCCCGUCCAACUGAAAAACCCGGGUCUUGCCCAGCGACUCCAACUGGAAGAUGGGUCUGCACUCCCACUUGUUCAUCUGAUGCCGACUGUCCAGGAGCUCGGAAAUGUUGCAGAAACCGAUGUGGAGCAUUGGCUUGCCAGAAACCAGGAGAAUCAGCACCGGUACCAGCGGAAGUACCUGUUGAUUCUAACCCGUACCUUGUAUACAUGCAGAACUGAAUGUGAAUGCAGCCAAGUUACAACCAACCAAUCAAGUUUAAUUAAUGUGGGAGUAACAACAGGAUUUAAAAAAAUUCCAAUACAACGUAUUUUCAUAGACACCUUAUACUACUUUAACCCCGCUUUU